UCUCUUUAUUUAUUCCUGCGAUUUUAUUAUUUCACACACGUGAAAAACGCACAUUCUUGAAAACAACUCUAUUCACCCCCCUCUAGAGUUGCACAUUUGUCUAACAAUUGGUAUCGGAGCAGGAAGUUCUUCGAAUACGUUAUUUUUCAGGAACUAAAAGAUCAAAUGGCAUCAAGGAUGUUCCACGCAGGAGUGACCGAGGGACAAUCAACCACGAGACCACCUUUGUUCGAUGGAACCAACUACUCAUAUUGGAAGGAGAGGAUGAGAAUCUUUAUCCAAUCCAACGACUACAAGCUGUGGUUGAUUGUGAAGAACGGCUACGGAGUCCCGAUGAAGAAAGUCGGUGAAGUCAACGUUCCCAAAACCGAAGAGGAGUUCACCGACGAAGACUGCAAAAAGAUGGAGCUCAACGCAAAGGCAAUAAACAUGAUUUAUUGCAGUGUUAACGUGGAUGACUACCGCAAAAUCUCGCGGUGUGAAACCGCAAAACAAAUGUGGGAGAAAUUGGAGGUCACCUACGAAGGAACCGCGCAGGUUCGGGAGGCCAAAAUCGACCAUCUCACCCAUGAGUACGAACUCUUCUCAAUGAAGGAAAACAAGAAGACUGAGGAAAUGUUUGAGAGGUUCUCUAACAUCAUUAAUCCCCUCAAUCUUCUCGGGAAGACAUACACCGACCGAGAACUUGUAAGAAAGGUGCUACGAAGCUUAUCCCCAAAAUGGCGUUCAAAGGUGGACGCUAUUGAAGAAGGACGCGACUUCCAAACAACGACCAAUGAUGCUCUUCGAGGUAACCUCAUUACCUACAAAACCACCCAACUCUCAAAGGUGGUUGAAGAGAAGAGCAAGAGAGGAAGGAUGCCCAGGUGCAAGAACGCUUCAUCACGUCAAGAAUCGGCGGCAGAAGAAGGUGAGAGGCCAUGGCGUCGUGAAGGGAGCAAGUACAUUCACAUCCAAACCGGACUCGCCUUCAACAUUGGGGCUUCAGCCGAGAGGUUCCACAACAUCUUUCUCACGAAGGAGAUCGUCUCACCUAAGAUCGUGAACAAGGACCUCUUCAAAUCGGCGACCUAUGCCCCGAGUAAGUCUCUUUUCUCUCAGCAAGGAUUGCUUCGUUUCAUCUAUUUGACGUAUGAAUUCUUUUCUCCAAAUCUUAUACGUCAAUUUUAUGCAAAUCUUCGUACCACUAAGGGAGACUUGCCUUCUCUCAUUUCCUAUGUUGACGGCAAAACCGUUUUCAUUGACGGUGCCGGUUUCACUUCUCUGUUUGGCCUUCGUCGAGGUGAAAUUACCGAAAAAUUGGAUGAAACAUUCCAAGAUGAGGCAAUUUGGCGACAACUCGGGUUAGAUCAUCGUGACCACAAGUUUAGAAAUUCUAGCAACCCGAGUGUCAUUAAUCUCACUUUAAUUCAACGCGUCCAACAAUACAUCUUUUCCUAUGUUUUGUUGCCCCGUGAUUCGAACCAUGGCGUUGUCAACAAAGACGAUAUUCGUUUGUUUCACGUCCUGUUGAACAAUGUCAAAUUUGAUUGGGUUCACUUCUUUAUCGUUGCACUUAGCGAUGGCACUCGUUUUUCCCAUCUCCGUUUUUCCAUCCCCAUCAUGCAUAUCCUUGCUCAUUGCAAAAUAGACUUUACUCGGGACACUCAGGUGCCGGUCAAGAAAACUUGUUUCAUCACUGAAGCCAUGUUUUCCCGGAUCGUGUACCGUGAGGAGGGCAAUGCUACACCAAAUCUGGACCUGAUAGUCGCAGACGAAGAAGAGAGCCAAAAUGAGACUCAAGUUGAGUCAUCUCGUGCCGGAGGAAGUCGAGCCACGGAGCACGUCACUCGUGAACGCAGGACUCGUCCAAGAGAAGAAGCACCAGAACCUUCUUGGGUGAAGAGGAUCUUCGAUACUCUCACGUGCAUCAGAGAUGAUGUUCGCCAGCUCAACGAGAGGAUGACUCGUUUUGAGCAAUACCGUGGCCCGCGUCACAGCUUUAGUGGAGGAGCUCGUCUGGCGAACUCUCUUUGAUUAUAUUCCUUCUAUCUUGACUUAUUAUGAUACUUUGUUAUUUGCUAUUGUUAUUGUUAUGACUCUUUUGAUGAAUGAUUAUGUUGCUAAUUAUGUAUUUGUGUGUUUGGCAAUGUAGUUCUCUUUUAGAACAUAUUGUCCCUUUGUGGCAUUCCGGUUAGAAGUUUUUUUUAAGAAAAUUUCUUGCAAAUU